GUUGGGUUUAUAGCGUAACCCCACAACUGUUUUUUUUGUGGCUUUGGUAGGAUUUAUUUCUAUUCCUUGUGUUUCCCAUAUCACCCUAACCUCCAGUAGCUUGUUUCAUGGUAAAUCUUGAUAAGUAGUUAGUGUUAUAUUUUUAAGAUUAGUUGUGGUUUGAUAUCGGAGUGGUGCAGUGGAAGUGUAGUAGGCCAUAUCUGUUCAUAGAAAGUGAGUGGGGCAUUUGUUAUCUUGGAUUGUGUGAAGCCAUUCACCACUUGAGACGACCCUAAAUUCGAGUUUUGGGGAUAAAACUCCUUUUUAGGAGGGGUAAAUGUAAUAUCCUAAAAUUUCGGAAAUUUUAUAAUUUAAGGACUUGAUUGUGAGAAAAUAUUGUUUUGGGCUUAAUAACCAAAAUUUCCAAACUUGAGGGACUUAAAGAGGGAAAGAAAUUGGAUAAGGAUCGGCUGGCAUUUUUUUCUUCUUUUUUUCUUCUUUUUUUCUUCCUCACCCGCGCAUCUGGUCUUCUUUUCUUCCCCUUGCUCGAGCAAGGAAGCCAGCCACCGACGUGCCUCUUCCUUUUGAAAAACCGAAAAUUCCAGAUCUGCUCUGCUCUACUACUUCUGGCUGCUGCUCUGCUGUAUGGGGGUGCGAAUUGCUCGGGUUCUUGAUCGUUUUGUCAGUUAGCACUGAGAUCGAGUAUUCGGUUUUAUGCGAGUGAGGUAAGUAAAUUUAUGGUAAUGCCCAUACAGUUUUUAAAAGCAUGUUUUGAUUGUUUUUGAAGUGGUGGUGGAACUAAACCCAUUUUAUACAAAAGUAAGUAUGACUGAUUUGAAGUUAAAUUUUUAUGCUUUUCAUUAAAUUGAGCAUGCCUACUUGAAAUUUAAUUGAUUGUCUUGAUGAUUUGAAAGUGAUUGGUGAAUUAUGAUUUUUCUGUUAACUUCUGCCUGUUUUGUCUCCGAUGUGGUCAUGUUAUUAGUGAUCUGCUUGUAAUAUCCCAAAUUUUCGGGAAUUUUAUCAUUUAAGUUAGGGACUUGAUUGUGAGAAAAGAUUGUUUUGGGGCUUAAUGUGAACAUUUCAAAAGUUGAGGGACUUAAAAAAGGGAAAAAAAUUUGGAUAAGGAUGGCUUCUUUUCUUUUUCUUUUUCCUUCUUUCUUUCUUCUUCUUCCCCGCGUGCUUCUGCUCUUCCUGACCCUGCUGCAGCCGAGAGGAAAAAAAAGAGGGAACAGGGCACCAGCUUUGAGAAACCGGUAGAGAGCUUGAUUUUUGGCCUUCUUUUCUUGUUCUAACACUGAAAUGGAACCCAGAAAUUCUCCCCCCCUGCAGGAAGCUUCCGGAUCUGCUCUGCUCCUCCCUUCCUCACUGCUGGCUGCUCUUGUUGUGGGUGCAAAUUCUGGGCAUUUUUAGACCCGUGAGUCCCCUUGAAUUUUCUGCAAAUUGCCGCCGGCCCUCCCCAAGCCACAGCUCCGGUUCUUGCUGGAUUUAUGGUUGCCAAUCGUUCUAUCAGUUAGUACGUGAAUUGAGUGCUCGGUUUUAUGUGAGUGAGGAAGCGAAACCAAGGACAGGGAAACCACGAAAAGUGACGAAUUAGAAGGCUAGCCAUUUUGAGAUUGAUAUUGUUAUCCCAAAAAAUCUCCUUGACACGUGGCAGAUGAAAUGACGUGCCACUUGCUUUGCUCAAAACAAGAAAGAUUUCUUCGACGACCCUCUCUUCUUUCCAAGCGUGGAACUCAGUUUGUGAGUUGAUGGAAGAACGUCAUGAAUUGCACCUUAAAGAUCAGACGAUUGGCAGAAACGAUGGAUGAACUUCCUGCACUAAAUGGGUUAUUCGACAAAAUGCCCUGGAUAUGAUUCCAGGGACUCCUUAAAGCUAAUGUAAUCAAGAAAAGUUAGGACUGCAAGGUAAAUAAAUGAUUGCUAAACUA